UCCCGCCCCUCCUGGACCUCCUCUUUCUUCUCCGGUGAAGUGCAGGACCGAACUACGAGCGCGGAUGGUUCGGCUGCUGUGAUCUAUCAGAACCGUCUUUCACCUGCAGCAGGUUCGGUUUGCCGCCAUCGACCCAGCUAUAGCGAGACACGUAGGGCUCGGUUCGUACUGCGACGCCGCGCUGCGUGGAGGAAAGAAGAUCCGCUUUCUGUCGAGGAUGCGGAUUUAAACGAACCUCCCGGACACCUGGACCGAGUCGCAACAGAAUCGUGUGCUGGGGAAGGAUUUUCACAGACAACGGAACCGACGGUUGGAUGUGACCUGGCGUGGCGGCACCAUGAGCACCAUCUCGCCCACAGACUUUGACAGCCUGGAGAUCCAGCAGCAGUACAACGACAUCAACAACCGCUGGGACCUCGCGGCCGAGACCGACUGGGACAAUGAGAACAGCUCGGCCAGACUGUUCGAGCGCUCUCGGAUCAAAGCCCUGGCAGGAACCAUGGAGUGGGACCACCGGGACCACCGCGAACCCUGCUUGUCCCCGGCUGCGUUUGUCAAUCAGGUGCAAUACUCCAACAUCCUGGAAGGGCGCUUCAAACAGCUCCAAGAUGAGCGCGAGGCCGUGCAGAAGAAGACCUUCACCAAAUGGGUCAACUCCCACCUGGGCCGCGUCACCUGUCGCAUUGGCGACCUGUAUACAGACCUGCGAGACGGACGCAUGUUGAUCCGCCUGCUAGAAGUCCUCUCUGGCGAACAGUUGCCGAGGCCGACGAAGGGCCGCAUGAGGAUCCACUGUCUGGAGAAUGUGGACAAGGCGCUGCAGUUCCUCAAAGAACAGAAGGUCCACCUGGAGAACAUGGGCUCACAUGACAUUGUGGACGGGAACCACCGGCUGACCCUCGGCCUCAUCUGGACCAUCAUCCUGCGCUUCCAGAUCCAGGACAUCAGCGUGGAGACAGAGGACAACAAGGAGAAAAAGUCGGCUAAAGACGCUCUGCUGCUGUGGUGCCAGAUGAAAACAGCUGGUUAUCCCAACGUCAACAUUCACAACUUCACCACGAGCUGGAGAGACGGUUUGGCCUUCAACGCCAUCGUGCACAAGCACAGGUCGGACCUGAUUGAGUUCGACUCCCUGAAAAGAUCCAAUGCUCACUACAAUCUUCAAAAUGCCUUCAAUGUGGCCGAGAAGGAACUGGGCCUGACCAAGCUUCUGGAUCCGGAAGAUGUAAAUGUGGACCAGCCAGAUGAGAAGUCCAUCAUUACCUACGUGGCCACCUACUACCACUACUUCUCCAAGAUGAAGGCUCUGGCCGUGGAAGGCAAGAGGAUCGGGAAGGUCCUGGACUACGCUAUCGAAGCGGAUCAGCUGAUUGACAAGUAUGAAAGUUUGGCGUCGGAGCUGCUGCAGUGGAUCGAGCAGACCAUCCUGACCCUGAACGACCGGCAGCUGGCCAACUCUCUGAGCGCCGUCCAGAACCAGCUGCAGGCCUUCAACUCGUACCGCACGGUGGAGAAACCCCCAAAGUUCACUGAGAAGGGAAACCUGGAGGUUCUUCUCUUCACGAUCCAAAGCAAGAUGCGGGCCAACAACCAAAAAGUUUAUGUGCCGCGAGAGGGCAAACUCAUCUCUGACAUCAACAAGGCCUGGGAGCGACUGGAGAAGGCGGAGCAUGAGCGGGAGCUGGCGCUGAGGAACGAGCUGAUCCGACAGGAGAAGCUGGAGAUGCUAGCCGCUCGUUUCGAUCGCAAAGCUGCGAUGAGAGAAACAUGGCUGAGCGAGAACCAGCGGCUGGUCUCGCAGGAUAACUUUGGGGCGGAUCUUGGCGCUGUGGAGGCAGCCACACGGAAGCACGAGGCCAUCGAGACAGACAUCGGAGCAUACUGGGAGCGAGUGGCCGCCGUGGAAGCAGUUGCCAGAGAGUUGGAGACUGAGAACUAUCACGACGUGCGCCGAGUAAUGGCGCGCCGCGAUAACGUGCUGCGGCUGUGGGAGUACCUGAAGGAGCUGCUGGCUGCACGGCGAGAGAGACUCAACGCUCACCGCGACCUCCAGAGGCUGUUUCAGGAAAUGCGCUACAUCAUGGACUGGAUGGCCGACAUGAGGAGUCGCCUGCAGUCCCAGGACAGUGGCAAACAUCUGCACGAUGUUUUGGACCUUCUGCAGAAGCACACACUGGUGGAGGCCGACAUCUCUGCCCAGUCCGAGCGGAUCCGGGCCGUCCAGGUGGCCGGCCUGUGCUUCAUCUCCCCAGACCAGGCUUACAAACCGUGUGAGCCAGGUCUGGUAAGUAAGAAGGUGGAGCUGCUCGGCCAGGUCUACGAGGAGCUGGGGCAGCUGGCGGAGAAACGACGAGAGCGCCUUGAGGAUUCCCGCCGACUGUGGCAGUUCCUGUGGGAUCUUGGGGAAGAGGCAGCCUGGAUCAGGGAGCAGGAGCAGAUAUUGUCAAGCGGGGACUGUGGACGGGAUCUUACCUCUGCUCUUCGGCUGCUCAGCAAACACGAGGCUUUCAGAGAUGAGAUGGCAGCGCGGUUCGGCCCGCUCAACAACAGCAUCGCUGCAGGAGAAGCUCUGGUUCAGGAGGGGCACUUUGGAGCUCCCGAGGUCACUGAGCGGAUCCACGACAUUCGGGCCCAGUGGUCCCACCUAGAGGAGAGUACAAAACUCAGAGAGCGCCGUUUGAGGGAGGCGGUGGCUCUGCACCAGUUCCAAACUGACGCUGAUGACAUGGAGGCCUGGAUCAUGGAGACCCUGCGGCAGGUCACCAGUCCUGAAGUGGGACACGACGAGUUCUCCACACAGACUUUGGCACGCAAGCACCGCGAGGUUGAGCAGGAGAUCCAGAGCCAUCGACUGCUCAUAGACUCCCUGCAAGAGCAGCUCCAGACCCUCCCUGUGGACUUCCUGCGCCUACCUCAAGUAGAGGGCAGACUUCCUGCCAUUGAGCAACAGUAUCAGCAGUUGGAGUCCCUAUCAGCAAGUCGGCAGCAGGCGCUGGAAGGAGCUCUGGCCCUGUACCGCAUGUUCAGCGAGGCUGCGGCGUGUCAGCAGUGGGUGGAAGAGAAGGAGCAGUGGCUGCAUGCCAUGGAGAUCCCCACAAAGCUGGAGGACCUAGAGGUGGUGCAGCAGAGGUUCGAGACUCUUGAGCCAGAGAUGAACAACCUGGGCGCCCGGGUGUCCGACGUGAACCUGGUGGCUAAACAGCUGCUGAGCGACGAUAGCUGUAACCAAGACCAGAUCCACCAGACCAGAGACCAGCUGAACAACAGGUGGAGCGAGUUCCAGAAACUGGCUGACCAGAAGAAACUGGGUCUCGAGUCAGCGCUGAACAUCCAGAACUACCACCUGGAGUGUAAUGAGAUCCAGACAUGGAUGAGGGAGAAGACCAAAGUCAUUGAGUCCACACAGGGUUUGGGAAACGACCUGGCUGGAGUCAUGGCACUGCAACGCAAACUUACAGGCAUGGAGAGAGAUCUGGAGGCAAUCCAGGGGAAGCUCGAUGACCUGAGGGCCGAGGCGGAGAAACUGGCUUUGGAGCACCCAGAUCAGGCCGGAGAGAUCCAGAGUCGACUUCAGGAGAUCCAGGAGGUUUGGGAGGAGCUCAACUCCACCAUGAGGCUCCGCGAAGAGUCUCUGGGAGAAGCCAGCAAGCUGCAGGGCUUCCUACGGGAUCUGGACGACUUCCAGUCCUGGCUGUCCAGGACACAGACGGCCGUAGCCUCCGAGGACAUCCCUACCUCGCUGCCCGAGGCAGAGAGUCUGCUGACCCAGCAUGAGAACAUAAAGAACGAGGUUGACAAUUAUAAGGAGGACUAUGAGAAGAUGAGAGGUGUGGGCGAGGAGGUGACCCAGGAUCAGACGGAUGCCCAGCAUGUGUUCCUGGCCCAGAGGCUGCAGGCGUUAGACACAGGUUGGCAUGAGCUACGCCGCAUGUGGGAGAACCGGCACAGUCUGCUGGCCCAGGCUUUUGACUUCCAGAACUUCCUGAGAGAUGCCAAGCAGGCUGAAGCGUUUCUCAACAGCCAGGAGUACGUUCUUUCUCACACCGAGAUGCCCACCAGCCUGCAGGGGGCAGAGGAGGCCAUCAAGAAGCAUGAGGACUUCCUGACUACUACAGAGGCCAGUGAGGAGAAGAUCACCAGUGUUGUGGAGGCUGGGCGGCGCCUCAUCAACGACGGCAAUGCCAACGUUGACAAGAUCCAGGAGAAGGUGGACUCUAUCCAGGAGAGGCACCUGAAGAACAAGGAGGCCGCCAAUGACCUUCUGAUGAAACUCAAGGACAAUCGAGAGCUCCAGCACUUUCUGCAGGACGGCCAGGAGCUCACCUUAUGGAUCAACGAGAAGAUGCUUACAGCCCAGGACAUGUCCUACGACGAGGCCCGGAACCUCCAUAGCAAGUGGCAGAAGCACCAAGCCUUCAUGGCCGAGCUGGCCUCCAACAAGGACUGGCUUGACAAGAUCCACAAGGAGGGUCAAGCUCUGGUGGCUGAGAAGCCUGAGCUGGAACCGGUGGUCCAGCAGACCCUGCAGGAGCUGCAGCGUCAGUGGGAGGAGCUGGAGAACACGACCAGAACCAAAGCCCAGUGCUUGUUCGACGCCAACAGGGCCGAGCUCUUCACGCAGAGUUGCUCGGCUCUGGACGUCUGGCUGAAGAACCUCGGGGGUCAGCUGCACAGCGACGACUAUGGUAAAGACCUGACGAGUGUCAACAUCCUGCUGAAGAAGCACCAGAUGCUGGAGCAUCAGAUGGAGGUUCGGGAGAAGGAGGUCCAGUCUCUGCAGUCUCAGGCUCUUGCCUUGUCUCAAGAGGAUGCUGGACUGAACGAGGUGGACGGUCAGCAGAGACGAGUGACCGACAGCUUCUCCAGCCUGCAGGCGCCUCUGCAGCUGCGCAGGCAGCGACUGCUGGCGUCCAAAGAGGCGCACCAGUUCAACAGAGACCUGGAGGACGAGAUUCUGUGGGUGACCGAGCGGAUGCCCCUCGCUGUUUCCACUGACCACGGCAAAGACCUGCCCACAGUCCAGCUGCUCAUCAAGAAGAACCAGACCCUGCAGAAGGAGAUCCAGGGGCACCAGCCCCGGAUCGACGACAUCCUCAGACGGGGUCAGGCCCAGACUCAGGUGGACGGUGAGAGACAGUCUGCGCUGGAGGGCCGGCUGGAAGAACUCCAGGAUCUCUGGAGCCAGCUCAUCUCUGAGGCCGACAAACGCCACGUCCGCUUGAUGGAGGCGAACCAAGCCCAGCAGUUCUAUGCCGAUGCUGCCGAGGCAGAGGCUUGGAUGGGAGAGCAGGAGCUGCAUAUGAUGUCGGAGGAGAAAGCCAAGGAUGAGCAGAGCGCCCUGAUGAUGGUGAAGAAGCACCUGAUCCUGGAGCAGGCGCUGGAGGACUACGCCCAGACCAUCCACCAGCUGGCAAACAGCAGCCGCAUGAUGGUGACAAGCGACCACCCGGAGAGCGAGAGGAUCACGCUGAGACAGGCUCAGGUGGACAAGCUCUACGCUGGACUCAAGGACCUAGCAGAAGAGCGGCGUGGUCGCCUUCAGGAGAGACUGCGACUGACUCAACUGAAGAGGGAAGUGGACGACCUGGAGCAGUGGAUCGCUGAGCGAGAGAUGGUGGCCGGGUCUCACGAGCUGGGUCAGGACUACGAGCAUGUGACGAUGCUGCGGGACAAAUUCCGAGAGUUCGCCCGGGACACAAGCACCAUCGGUCAGGAACGAGUGGACGGUGUCAACAGUCUGGCCGACGACCUGAUCGAGUCGGGUCACCCGGAGAAUGCGGUGGUGGCCGAGUGGAAGGAUGGACUGAACGAGGCCUGGGCAGACCUUCUGGAGCUGAUCGACACCCGCACACAGAUGCUGGCUGCGUCCUACGAGCUGCACCGCUUCCACCAGGACGCCAUGGAGGUUCUGGGCCGGGUCAAGGAGAAGCGGGAGGCAUUGCCAUCAGACCUGGGUCGAGACCUCAACACGGUCCAGCACCUUCAUCGACAGCACCAGACUUUAGAGAACGACAUCCAAGCUCUGAGCGGACAGGUGAACCAGAUCCAGGAUGAUGCCGCCCGGUUGCAGAAGGCGUAUGCAGGCGAGAAGGCAGAUGAUAUACACCGGAGCGAGCUCGCCGUCACGGCAGCCUGGGACAGUCUGCAGGAGGCCUGUGCUGCUCGUCGCCUCCUCCUGGUGGACACAGUGGAGAAGUUCCGCUUCUUCAACAUGGUGCGGGACCUGAUGCUUUGGAUGGACGGGGUUCACCUGCAGAUCGACGCUCACGACAAUCCCAGGGAUGUUUCUUCAGCAGGGCUGGUGAUCGCACAACACCAGGAUAUCAAGUCCGAGAUAGAGACACGGGCUGACAGCUUCAGCGCCUGCAUCGAGAUGGGGUCCAGUCUCAUCCAGAACCACCACUACGCUGCCGACGAGAUCCGGGAGAAGUUGACUCAGCUUCAGGACAAGAGGGACCAAAUCAACAAGAAGUGGCAGGACAAGAUGGACCACCUGCAGAUAGUACUGGAGGUUCUGCAGUUUGGGCGCGACGCCUACAUUGCUGAAUCCUGGCUGGCCGGUCAGGAGCCUCUGGUCCGGACUUCAGAACUGGGCUCCAAUGUGGACGAGGUGGAGAGUCUCAUCAAACGUCACGAGGCCUUCGAGAAGCUGGCGGCAUCCUGGGAGGAACGCUUCGUGCUGCUGGAGAAGCUAACCACGCUGGAGGAGCAGGAGCUGCAGAGACGACGGGAAGAGGAGGAGCGAGCCCGUCGGCCGCCCACGCCGCCCCCUGCUGACGAGGUUGUCGCAUCCGAAAAUGAAGCCCACGACUCUGCGGCGCGAACCAGUCUGGACCAGACGACCCUCAACCAGUCGGUGUCGGUGAACGGCGUCCACAGUGACAACGACACGUCACAGGGUUCAGAGACGGAGUCUGUGAAUGGACCGGGAAGGGAUAGCGGUCUAGCCUCGUCUCGCCUUGAACCGUCUGCCACGUUACCGGGCCGGGGCGCCGCCGAGUCAGAGCCCGAGACCAUGGAGGGGACUCUUUGUCGGAAACAGGAAAUGGAGACGCACAGCAAGAAGGCAGCGAGCAGGUCAUGGCAGAACGUCUACUGUGUCCUGAGGAAAGGGAGUCUGGGAUUCUACAAAGACGGGAAAAGUGCGAGUAAUGGAAUCCCGUACCACGGAGAAGUGCCCAUCAGCCUGGGAGACGCCGUCUGUGAAGUGGCUCACGACUACAAGAAGAGGAAACACGUGUUCAAGCUGAGACUCGGAGAUGGAAAAGAAUUCCUGUUCCAGGCCAAGGACGAGUCUGAAAUGAGUGCGUGGAUCCGCUCCAUCCUCAAUUCCGUUCCCAGUGCACAAGGAGAUUCUCCCGCAGGUCAGCGGGCCCUGAGCCGGGCCAUGACCAUGCCCCCCAUCUCCCCAAGCUCAGGGGAAGCAGCCGGCGGCGUGACACUGCGGAACAAGGAGGGACGAGAGAAAGACAGAGAGAAGAGGUUCAGUUUCUUCGGCAAGAAAAAAUAAUGCACAAGGUUCUAGUGGGGAAUCUGGAGAACUGGAAUACUCGGAUAUCAAACCAGGAGCAGGAGGACCUGCCCCCGCUGGUCCUCUUGCUCCUCUUCUAUCACUUUUUUCAUCCUAAUCUUUCAGCUAUGACGUGGACGGUUCCGCUCCAGAGUCCGGUCCAAUCCCAUCGGUCUCUUUCUGCUUUUGCUGUUGAUGUUCUGACCUGAACUUUGCUGUUGCUGGUUUAAUUCCCUUUCAUUUGAAUCUGUUUGGUUCUGCUAGCAGGCCUUUUAGGAAUGAGGUCGUGAGUUUUAGCCGCGUGCCGUCACCGUCGUCUGUUUGAAAGUUCUAAAAUAAUAAUAUUUAAUAAACAGUUUGAUUUUUUUAUCUUUAUUUUGCCUGAAGGUUUUUUUUUUGCUCAAGUUUUUUUCUGUACAAACAGAGAUAGUUUUCUAGAGUGUGAGUGUGUGUGUGUGUGUGUGCGAGAGAGAGAGAGAGAGAGUUGUGGAUUUUGCACGUUCCCCUUAUUUCCAUUUGGACCAUCAGAACCAGACUUGGAUGACCACAAACUUUGCUUUGGGUUUUUGUUUUCUUCACACAUUCUUUUUUUUCAGUGAUUCACUUUUGUGGACAGAAACCUUGAAGCUUGUUCCAGUGCCGGACCUGUCAGAGGAGUCUUUCAUAUUAGAAGGCGCAAUCGGCGUAUUCUUACGAUUGUCCAGUUCUCACACAGAAGGUCCAGGUCUUCCCGGGCCUGACAGCUUCAGUGAAUGUCGGAUCUGACACGUCCGAACCUGUUAGCCUUAAGUCGUGUCUGUCGGUUCAUCAGGUUCCCCUCUCCAGCUUCGAAUGUAAACCAACACCAUCACGAUUCCUUCACUGGACUGGAGAACGAGCGGGUCGGUUCUGGUCCGUGUUGGCAUGGAUCACAAAGGGGUGGGGGGGGGGCCGACAUAUCGCUGACGUCAGCAAAUGUGUGAAAUCGUUUGAAAACUUCAAGACUGACGAAUGUUCCUCUUCCAAACUGUUGUCAUGGUUCUGUAUUUUCUGAUGCAACUAUACUGAUGUACCAGGCUCUUCCACUUGGUGUCGACGUGGAGCUGUUUUCUUUAAGCUGUUGUUGUUUAUCGAUGUUUGGUCGUUAACAAAUAAAAUCUGGUUUGAUCAAGUCCA